GAAAUUUACCCAUGGUCUAUCAGUCUUUUUACAUCUGACAUUCUCUGCCUACGUAUUUUUCUCCACACGAACUCCGCGAUUCAUCUUGUUUUCUCCCUGUCGCCGGCUAGCAUUUCCAACGCCGACGAUGGUUUGCCAAAUCCAGCGAUAGUCACCACGGUUUGCGAUUCCGUAUCAAUUUUCAAAGAAUUUUGACGUUUUUGGCUCAAGUGAACUAGUUCUCGAGACUGAUACACUUCUCCAAAGCGUUGAUCUGGGUCAGGAAGAAUGCAGUUCUUUGGAGGGUCAGAGAUCAGUCCAUCGCCUCCAGCACCGACGGCAUCAGGAAACAAUGCUCAUAUGAUGUAUGUGUUCAAUAGGAAUGGGGUUUGCCUGCUAUACAGGGAAUGGAACCGUCCACUUCGAACCCUGAAUGCCCAGCAAGACCACAAGCUUAUGUUUGGUCUCCUUUUCUCCCUCAAAUCCUUAACAGCUAAAAUGGAUCCUACUAGUGCGGAGAAAGGAAAUCUUGGGGUGCCCCAGUUACCUGGGCAAGGGUGUUCAUUUCACAGCUUUCGUACCAAUACAUACAAACUUAGUUUUAUGGAGAGUCCAUCUGGGAUAAAGAUUAUACUUGUCACUCACCCUAGGACCGGUGAUUUAAGGGAAUCCCUGAAGUAUAUCUACAACUUGUAUGUUGAAUAUGUUGUCAAAAAUCCACUCUACAAUCCAGGGACUCCAAUCAGGUCUGAGCUAUUUAAUACAACUCUGGACCAGUAUGUAAGAGGCCUUGGAUAGUAUGUCAAGAUUACGGUUUUUGCCUUGGCCUUCAGCAGACCAGUUCAUUCUUACAUGCAUAUCUCAAGCUGAUUCUUAAUUCAAGGGAUGCAAGGAUGGGAGAUAAUCAAUUGUUUUAUAAGACAACAUUAUGUUUAGAUGCCCUGGAUAAUUUGUUUGUAUGAGAAUCAUUUUGACUUGAAAAAUUAAUCAUGUGUGCUCAGGUGCUAUGGAAAUUUUACUUGGUGUUCUUUCUUUUUUAUGUCAUGGCUUUCAUUUCUUAUGGAGCCUUUUAAUAUAACAAGAUGAGGUUGAGACCGUUUCCAGCU